UCCAAGACUUGAGGACCCGUGGGUUCGUCUGGGCACUGGCAGAAUCCUUCCUUCCCAGGCUAGGCGCGCAAGCUGAGCCAUUGGUUCCGAACCCGGAGGAACCCAGGGUCAGGCGACGCCGGGUCACGUGGCCGGCCGCCUGCAUGACGUACGGGCUUCUGAGCGUCACCGUGACGUUUAGGCGACCUGCGAAGUGGCCGGGCUACCUCCGUCACCUGUGCCGUCGGGGUGCUGUCAUGGACCUGGGGCCGAUGCGCAAGAGUUACCGCGGGGACCGAGAGGCGUUUGAGGAGGCUCAUCUGACCUCCCUGGACCCCAUGAAGCAGUUUGCUUCCUGGUUCGAGGAGGCCGUUCAGUGUCCGGAUAUCGGGGAAGCCAAUGCCAUGUGCCUGGCUACCUGCACCAGAGACGGAAAACCCUCCGCCCGCAUGCUGCUGCUGAAGGGCUUUGGCAAGGACGGCUUCCGCUUCUUCACUAACUACGAGAGUCGGAAGGGGAAAGAGCUGGACUCUAAUCCCUUUGCCUCUCUCGUCUUCUACUGGGAGCCCCUGAACCGGCAGGUGCGGGUGGAGGGCCCUGUGAAGAGGCUGCCCGAGGAGGAAGCUGAGAGCUACUUCCAUUCCCGCCCCAAGAGCAGCCAGAUUGGGGCUGUGGUCAGCCGCCAGAGCUCCGUGAUCCCUGACCGGGAGUACCUGAGAAAGAAAAAUGAGGAACUGGAGCAGCUCUACCGGGAACAAGAGGUGCCUAAGCCGGAGUACUGGGGUGGCUACAUCCUGUACCCCCAGGUGAUGGAGUUCUGGCAAGGCCAAACCAACCGCCUGCAUGACCGGAUAGUCUUCCGUCGAGACCUGACGGCGGGAGGCUCCCCUCUGGGACCCAUGAGCCACCAAGGGGAGGAAGACUGGGUAUACGAGAGACUUGCACCUUGACUCUGGACAAAGACUGUCUGGAAAAGAUCGGAUGGAAGAGAAUGGGACAGAGCUGUUAAGAGGGGGUGAAGGACUGGGAGCCUGCUCUCUCUCUCUCUCACUGUGUGUGUGUGUGUGUGUCAUUGGGUUUAAACCUAGGCUUUUGUUGACGCUAGGCAACACUCUACCACUGAGCUAGAAUCCCUGUUUUUUUUUUGUUUUGUUUUGUUUUUUUUUACCUUUUAUUUUAAGACUAAGCCUUAAACUCACUGUGUAUUUAGUCCAGACUGGUCUUGCCGUGAGUCCCCUUGCCUCAGUCUUUUGCAUAGCAGUGUUUGCAGCCUGUGGCACCAGGCCCAGCUCUGGGCCUUGUUUUUAAGCUAAGUCCACCGCCCUUUCUGUCCCUCACGUCUAAGUCUCUCCAGGACUCACCCUCUGAGGUCCCUGAACUCAGCUGGCGUCGGUUAGCAGCUGGAGUAGCGUGCAAUAGAGGAGAAUCACAAGUGGAGAAGGCUCUGAGCAUUAUUUCCUUGGCUUUGCUCGUGGUUUUGGGGAAAGCCCAUCUUGGGAGCUGUGGCUGGUGUGACUCCGCUUCCAGGAACAGGGCAGACGUACAAAAGGCCUACCGCCUGCGGAAAGGAGCCAGGGCCAGGCCAUGUUUGCUGUGACUCAGAGAACCAUUAUUUGUUCUGGUUGGCCGUGAACUUGUUUCUUUGGGGAUACUGUACUUCUUUUGAUUUUAUGGCUGUGUGCUUCAGCCUCUGUCCCUGACAAAGGCUCCUCCCGAGGCUCCUCCUCUCCUGUGUUGAUCCCCUCCUCCCACUUAAGCCUGGGUCCAGGAAGGACACUGACCCUGUGGCCACCUGCCAGCUACCCCUACCUACCUCACCCCUUUCGCUGAUGUCCCAUGGACUGUGACUGUAUUAAUACAGACAGCUGGGGUUGUUGAGGAGAAGUCUUGCACCCCACCUCUGUUAGGGGGCUGUGUGUGCCCCCAGGUCUCAGCGUGAUCUCAGCUGUCACUUCCAACGCGCAGGUGUGUAAUAAAAACUUGUCAGCCA